UCCCUCAUCUCUAUCAAAAAAAAAAUAUUUAGAUUUUAUUUCAAGCAAAGACUAUAAGGUUAAAUCAGUUGUAGAAUAGUUCAAACGAAGAUGGUAUUGAAGUCAACUACCGCUGGGAACGUGUCGAUCUAUCAGGUAUCGGGUACCAAUGUGUCUCGUUCAUUGCCUGAUUGGAUAGCGAAGAAAAGAAAGAAGGCAUUAAAGAAUGAUUUAGAAUAUCAAAAUAGAAUUGAAUUAGUUCAAGAUUUUGAAUUCAGUGAAGCUUCUAAUAAAAUAAAAGUAACUCCAGAUGGUCAGUUCGCUAUGGCUACUGGUACUUAUAAACCACAAAUUCAUGUUUAUGAUUUUGCCAAUUUAUCCUUAAAAUUCGAUAGACAUACUGAUUGUGAGAAUAUUGAUUUUGUAAUCAUGUCUGAUGAUUGGACUAAGUCUGUUCAUUUACAAAACGAUAGAUCUAUAGAAUUCCAAACUAAGGGUGGUAUUCAUUAUAGAAGUAGAAUACCCAAGUUUGGUAGAUCUUUAGCUUAUAAUUCAGUGUCAUGUGAUUUAAUAGUUGGUGCUGCUGGAAAUGAAUUAUACAGAUUAAACUUAGAUCAAGGUCGUUUUUUAAAUCCAUUUGUGCUAGAAACUAAUCAAGGUGUCAAUUCAGUUUGUAUAAAUUCAGUUCAUGGAUUAACUGCUGCAGGUUUAGAAGAUGGUACGGUUGAAUUCUGGGAUCCAAGAAGUAGACAAAGAGCUGCUAAAUUAGAUGUUAGAAGUCAAAUUAAUGAAUCAAUUCAAAUCACUGCCACCGCUUUCAGAAAUGAUGGUCUUAACUUUGCAUGUGGUACUUCAAAUGGUAAGAGUUUAAUAUAUGAUUUAAGAGCUUCAGAACCAUCUUUAGUGAAAGAUCAAGGUUAUGGAUUUGAAAUUAAGAAAAUCAUCUGGAUUGAUGAAAAUGAAUCAGAUUCCAAUAAAAUUUUAACCUCAGAUAAAAGAAUUGCUAAGAUUUGGGAUAGAAAUACCGGUAAGCCUUUUGCAUCAAUGGAACCAAGUGUGGAUAUAAAUGAUGUUGAAUAUAUUAAAGGUUCAGGAAUGUUCUUCAUGGCAAAUGAAGGAAUACCAAUGCAUACAUAUUAUAUUCCAAACUUGGGUCCUGCUCCAAGAUGGUGUUCAUUCCUUGAUAAUGUUACAGAAGAACUUGAAGAAAAACCAUCUGAUUCAGUUUAUUCUAAUUAUAGAUUCAUUACUAGAGAUGAUGUGGUUAAGUUAAAUUUAACCCAUUUAAUUGGAUCAAAGGUAUUACGUUCAUAUAUGCAUGGUUUCUUUAUUGAUACUGAGUUAUUUGAAAAGGUUAAUUUGAUUGCUAAUCCUAAUUCAUACAGAGAUCAAAGAGAAAGAGAAAUCAGAAAGAAACUUGAAAAGGAAAGAGAAUCAAGAAUCAGAUCUACUGGUACUAUUACUAAUACCAAAGUUAAAAUCAAUAAAGAUUUGGCUAAUAAAUUACAAGAUAAAGAAGGUGCUGAUACUGCUGAAAGUGUGGUUAAUGAUGAUCGUUUCAAAGAAUUAUUUGAAAAUCCAGAUUUCGCCAUUGAUGAGCAAUCUCAUGAAUAUAAACAACUUAAUCCUGUUAAAUCUACUAAAGAUAUCACCACAGGCAGAUCUCGUGCAUUAACUGCCGCUGAAGAAUCUGAAGAAGAAAGAUUAAAUGGUGUCGACAGUGAUGAUGUGGUGUCAGAAAGUGAAUCUGAAUCCGAAGAGGAAGAAGAAGAAGAUGAAGAAGCUAAAGAAGAAAAGAGAAAGAGAGUUCAAAAGGAAAUGGAAAAAUUACGUCGUAAGAAACAAGAACAAGAAGAUGCAAAGAAAUUCAUGAAUGAAAUGAAAGUUUUAUCAUCAGAUGGUCCACAACAAAAAGCUGUGGAAUCAUUUGCAUCCCAAGUUAAAAAGAAUAACAGAGUCGAAAAGGGUAAUAGAAGAUCAAAUGAUACCGUUUUACGUCGUCAUGCUAAGGGUGAAGCUGAAUUAACCUUUGUCCCUAAGAAGAAAGAAAAACGUAGAGUUAAUUUCAAGUCUAAUGACAACGAUGAUGACGAUUCUGAAAAGGAUAAUAAUAAAGGAAGAACCAAGCAAAGAUUCGAAGGACGUAGAAUUGCUUCUAGAAACCAAUUCCGUGGUAUGUAAGUGUAUUAUAUAUAGCAUUAAAUGAAUUAUGUAAAAAUAUCAAAUCUUUAAACUGUAGCCUCCUGUAGUGGGGGAGAGCCAACCUCUCUCUAUUU